AUGCACAAAGUUCUCUUCUAUAUCCUUUCCGCCUGCCCGGCUGUCUUCGCACAGAACCCCGUACUCUUCAAUUCCUAUACCGGCGGAAGGUGUGCUGGCGGCGUCGUAGUCGAAACUACUACUGUUCAGCCAGGCGACUGUACCAGGUCCACGACCGCGUUUGCCAGUGCCCAAUAUAGGGGGAUCCAAUUCGACAACGUGGAACAACCUGUGGAAUUCUACAGUGACGAAAACUGCCUUGAGCAGAUCAACGGUGUGUCGGUUGAGUUAGGUGAUGGGUACAACUGCUUUACCUUCAACGACGGCCAGGCGAAGAGCGCAAAGUGGGUUGCGUGA